CGCACCCCCCACUUUUCCUUCUCCUUUUUCUCCUUCUUCUUCUUCUUCUUCUUCUUCCUCUCUCUUUUCAUCUCCAAAAGCUACCAAGUUUCAGAGCACAGUGACUAGUCAUAGAAUGGUGAAAGAAACCGAGUAUUACGAUGUUCUUGGCGUUAGUCCCACUGCUUCGGAGGAGGAAAUUAGGAAGGCUUACUAUCUUAAGGCAAAGCAAGUUCAUCCUGAUAAAAAUCCGAGUGACCCUUUGGCAGCUGAACGAUUUCAGGUACUGGGUGAAGCUUAUCAGGUUUUGAGUGAUCCAAUGCAAAGAGAUGCGUAUGAUCGAAAUGGAAAGUACUGCAUAUCUAAGGAGACCAUGCUUGACCCAACUGCUGUCUUUGCUCUUCUUUUUGGAAGUGAACUUUUUGAGAACUACGUAGGGCACCUAGCUGUGGCAUCAAUGGCUUCCUCUGAAUUAGCUGAAGAAAGUGAUAAUCCUGAAAAAUUACAUGACAAGUUAAAGGCUGUCCAGAAAGAAAGAGAAGAGAGGCUUGCUAGAUUACUAAAAGAUUUCCUUAAUCAAUAUGUUCAAGGUGACAAAAGAGGAUUUUUACAUCGUGCAGAAUCUGAAGCCAAACGGCUUUCUGAUGCAGUGUUUGGAGCUGAUAUUUUACACACUAUUGGAUAUGUAUAUGCAAGACAGGCAGCACAAGAGCUUGGAAAAAAAGUCAUUUAUCUUGGAGUUCCAUUUUUGGCUGAGUGGGUUCGUAAUAAGGGACAUUUCUGGAAGUCACAGAUAACUGCAGCAAAAGGUGCUUUUCAGUUACUGCAACUUCAAGAAGACAUCCGCAGACAAUUUAAAAUGGAUGGUAGUGGCCCUGAAAAUGAUGUUGAAUCACACAUACGGAUGAACAAGGACACACUUAUGAACUCACUCUGGAAAUUAAAUGUUGUGGACAUUGAAGUAACCCUUAUACAUGUGUGUCAACUGGUGCUACAAGAAAAUAAUGUCAAGAAGGAAGAACUUAAAGCUCGUGCUCUCGCUUUGAAAUUAUUAGGGAAAAUAUUUCAGAGGGAAAAGCUUGCCCGGAGUGGUGGAACAUCAAAGAGUAGAAAUGUUUCUGACAUAAAUGAAGAGGGAAGCAGUUCUGAUAGCAGUGGUGAAGAGGAUACACCAAGAGCACUUUCCUAUCGAACCCCUCUAAUCACUCAGGGCAUUGGGAGACUCUUCAGGUGCCUGUGCAAUCCGGCAUUUGAUGUGGAUGAUGAAGAAAUAGUGUACAAAAGCAAAUGACCAGGGGAUAUGCAAUAGCAGAAGUUGUGGAGAGUUGGCAGUACAAAUGAGUUUUGUUGGCCAUAAAUUUGGCUUCUCAAUGUCAUAAUGUACUGAAGACAUCUUCAUGAGUCGAGCAUUCUGCUUUUUAAGGUCAGAUAAGGGAGUAAGCCAUGAAUUCCCAUUG